GGCUCUCCUCAUACUGACAGCCCAGUCCUGUCCUGACACGUCCUUCCUUCUCUCAGGUGAAGCCCUGGGCGCUAUCGGGAACCCCAAGGUGCUGGAUAUCCUCAGACGCUAUUCUGAGGACCCCGUGGUUGAGGUGGCAGAGACGUGCCAGCUGGCCGUGAGGAGGCUGGAGUGGCUGCAGGAGAACAAGGAGAAGCCAGGCCCCAGCCCGUACCUGUCCGUGGAUCCCGCUCCUCCCGCUGAGGAGACCGACGUGGCCAAACUGCGGGAGACCCUCCUGGACGAGUCCCGGGAGCUGUUCGAGCGGUACCGCGCCAUGUUCGCCCUGCGGAACCGGGGCGGCCGGGAGGCCGUGCUGGCACUGGCUGAAGGGCUACGCUGCGGCAGCGCGCUGUUCCGCCACGAGGUGGGCUACGUGCUGGGGCAGCUGCAGGACGAGGCGAGCGUCCCUCAGCUCACAGCCGUGCUGGGCAGCCCCUCCGAGAACCCCAUGGUGCGGCACGAGUGCGCCGAGGCGCUGGGGGCCAUCGCGCGGCCGUCCUGCCUGCGCGCCCUGCGCGCCUUCGCCGGCGACGCCGAGCGCGUGGUGCGCGAGAGCUGCCAGGUGGCCCUGGACAUGUACGAGUACGAGAACGGCGCCCAGUUCCAGUACGCUGACGGGCUCUGCAAGCUGCAGGCCUCCUCUUGAGCCUGCACGGGGGG